CAUAAUGAUACACUGUAACCUCUCCAUCCGGCCCAAGUAAUUUCCCAUGCAUGAUCUCAGAAUGGCGGUCUCCAGAAGCUACAUAGCUUCCCCUUACCUGCCAACAAUGGGAUAUAUCAUGCCCAGCCGGUUCACGCGUCAUUAUGAGCUUGGAGAAAUCCCGCCCUUACAUGGAGUCUCUCUCAAGACUGAGGGAUCGGUUUCCCUAUCUUUAUUUUCUGGAGAAAGCUCGGCGGGAAUGGAAAGAUAACGCUGAAAGUUGCAAAGCCACAGUCCUCGAGCUUCACGGGGACCAUUUCUUGCGGAGAGAUGUCGGAAAUGCCAGAGAACUGAAAGAUCAUUUGGAAGCUCGAUCGAGGCCGGAUCAGCCACAAGAGAAGAAAACCGGUCAAGGAGCAUCUUCCUGCAGGCACCGCAUCUACAUCGUCCAAGAUCUAUCCAACGCAUUUCUCGAAACACUGGGAUCUCAUUUUCAGGUCGACCCAUACGUCUUUGCUUCCCAGGCCUGGGUCUCUCAUUGGUCAAGCCAUAGAAGCGACUUUGGAAUGCCACAGAGGCUUCCUUCUCUUCACUCGAGAACAACUCACUCCACCCUCCGCUAUUACGAGCUGAAUAACCUUCAUGACGAAACUGAGACAGGUCGUAGCCACUCCACAGAUUCGAAGUACAAAUUGAUGUCUAAUCUUCUACGUCGCGUCGAAAAACAGUCCGGAGUCGACCGAUCCGAACCGCCUGUCUUCUUCGUCAGACGCAAUGUGUCAUCGUGGGUGAGACGAGACGGAAAUGAUUGGGAUGUGGUCAUUUUGACAGAACCACCCAUCCGCUUCGAAAAUGAACACCACAAAAGCGAACCUUACCGGCAUGGGUAUCCAGACUUUGUACCAUGGUCUGCUGCUGCUGCCGUGGCCCAAUCUCCUCCCAUGACGGCGAUGUCCAUGUUAGAGGCGAUUGCCACAUAUUGGACGAAUGUUGCCAGCCCAGAUGAGAUUGAGGCCCUACGAGCAGAUCCCUCAAAGGCUAGAGACUUACUUGAAACAAUAUGCUCAUCCCACUGGAUGGUAAUGUUCGACUACAUGUGGACGAAGCUGAAUGACUCCGAAAUGGGCUUGAAGGAAAUCACAGACCACCACGGGUGGCCCGAAGACAAAAGCAAACUGAUCAAGAAUGUCAAGAAGACGUUAAUGCAAGGUAUUGCAUGGAAAAGACGGCUCAACUGGAUUUGUGGAGAGAUGGACGCCAGCCUGAAAAACCUUGGUGUACACCCAGGAGCUUCAGCCUCGCCGCUUACAGGCACUGACGAACAUGUCGACUUCCGAUAUAUGCGCUCCCAGUUCGAGAUGCUGAAGUCAGAGUAUCGACAGUUCAGCGAGUACUUGGCCAGCAUUUUGGAAGUUUUCCAGGGAGAGACAGCGUUGGAAGAAGCCAAAAUGUCCACCAAGAUUGGCUCGGCCUCAGAAGCACUCACACGUCUGUCCGUCCAGCUUGCAGAAAAGUCAUAUGAGGAAGGUCGACGAUCCGCAGAGUUCGCCCAGAUAUCCGUCAUACUCACAGCGGUUGGUAUCGUGUUCAUCCCGCUUACGUACACAGCAAGCAUAUUUAGUAUGGCGAAUGACUAUGGACCUAAUGGUGGUCGAUUCUGGGUUUAUUGGGCUGUUGCGGCUCCGUUGGCCACGGUCAGUAUACUUCUGUUUGCCCUGGUGUCCAGGACUCAAAGUCUGUACAAUUCACUGGCUUGGGCACUGUUUGGGCCUCAUGCAAAGAAGGAAACUGGAGUAAAUGAGGCAAUCCCUCAUGAAAACAUCUCACCGAGCCAUGGUGCAUCCGCGGUACAGGUACGCAAUGACCAGGAGCACAAAUAGUUCGUAUUACUGCAACCAGACCACCGAGCUGUCAAGGGUUCAAAAACCAAUGCUCGUAUACUUAUCCCACAUGAAAGUCAUAGACCAUACUCUUGUCGCCAACCUGGCACAGCAAGAAGACUCGUGA